UCGGGUGGAGCCGGAGCCGGAGCCGGAGCGCUUGGGUCUGGGCUGGGCGCCUUUGGAGGGAUGCUUUGGGGGUGCCUUUGGAGGGGGAGCCCCGUCUGGGAGCGGAGCCCCGCUGCUGUUGCUGCUGCUGCUUGGUGCCGCUGGUGCUGAAGCCCUGUCUGCGCGCGAGGGGCCAUGUCCCGCAAGAAGAGCCCCAAAGGCAAGGGCUCGGGGGGCUCUGCCGGGGGUCCCUCUUCGUCUCUUCCCCCGCGGACCCCCAGCAGCAGCAGCAGCAGCAGCAGCAGCAGCGGAGCAGGAGGGGGCAGGAGCAGCAAGGGGGCGCCCCCUGCCUCCAAGGAUGGGGCUAAUGGGGCUCCUCCCGGGCCCCUUCCCCUGGGAAGACCCUCCCUCAGCGCCAGCAGCGAGUUCUACGACGUGGCCUUCAAGGUGAUGCUGGUUGGUGACUCCGGAGUCGGCAAAACCUGCCUCCUGGUGCGGUUUAAGGAUGGCGCUUUCCUAGCCGGGAGCUUCAUCUCGACGGUGGGGAUCGAUUUUCGGAAUAAAGUGUUGAAUGUGGAUGGUGUGAAAGUCAAGCUGCAGAUCUGGGACACUGCCGGUCAGGAGAGAUUUCGUAGCGUCACCCACGCUUACUACCGGGAUGCCCACGCUUUGCUCUUGCUCUACGACGUCACAAACAGAGCAUCAUUUGACAACAUCCAGGCUUGGCUGACAGAGAUCCACGAAUACGCAAAGCAAGAUGUGGUUCUUAUGUUGCUGGGGAACAAGGUGGACUCAACCCAGGAACGAGUGGUAAAACGGGAAGACGGGGAGAAGUUAGCCAAGGAAUAUGGAGUGCCCUUCAUGGAGACCAGCGCCAAGAGCGGCUUGAAUGUUGACUUAGCCUUCACAGCCAUCGCCAAGGAGCUGAAGCACAGGUCCAUGAAGCUGCCUCACGAGCCCCGCUUCAAGCUCCACGACUAUGUCAAGAAGGAGGUGAAAGGCACAGGCUGCUGCCGAGGGUAAAACCAAGUGGAUCCUGCCCCUCUCUUUGGGCUGCGCACCAUGUACAGAGACUCACAACCAGCGCCCCAGCUGUGUCGAUGUCUGUGCCACUCGUUCCCCUUCCUCUUCCUCCUCUUCCCUGCGGAAACUACGUGUCUCUUCUUUGUGUCUUGUCCGUUUCGUCCAGGUGAAAAAUGGGAGGUGGGGAAGCAGGUAGAGGCUUGCUGACCUCAUCCUGAGCAGCCAGGUAUCGGCUAAGAUGCUUUAAAGAAUGAGUAUAUAUUAAGGACGCAGGAGAUAAAGAGAUGAAUGAAUGAUACAAGAUUAAAUUGGGCCAACCCUUGUGCUUGAGGGCUGGGUAUGAACCAUCUUAGGCAGUUUGCGAAAGGCCCCGUGCGUGUGGUACUAAAAUAAAUGGGGUUUUUACACAAGCAAGUGUGCAACGGCACACUUUCCAUGUGUUUGAGCUGCAACCAAGUCAGGCAGCUCUUUGGUGGAUCAGGCACCGCGUCCCUUUUGUAAUCUUUUGUGUUGGUCUAUUGGCCAGCAAACGUUUUUGGGAUUUGCACUCCAUGUUGUCACCCAUCAUGAGAAAUCCCCAAAGACGGCACUUGCCGCCCUUUAACUUUUUAAAGAAGCCAGGGCUUGAUGUUGUGAUGUGUGUAUGUGCCAAACAGCUUUCCCCACUAUCCAGGCGAGGAAGAGGGAAAAGCCGCUGGUUCUUUUGCCGCAUUUUGGCUGGCUGGGACAGAAGCAAAUAUCCCAAGCCAUUUUAAGGCUUGGUUUUUCUGGGUGGUGGGAGUUUUGAGAGGGUUCGUCCUUGAACCCAAGCGCUUUGGGUAUGUUCUUUGCCCCUUCCUCCUCUUUUUGUAGAGAUGUGCAAUACAAAGAAAGAAAGCUCAUUUUAUUUGUAUAUUUGAAAUAAUUGUAUUUUUAAAGUUAAUACAUCUUUCACUACUCAGUUCUCUAAUCAUUCCCUUGGUGCAUCUCCUGUGGUUGUUCUCGGAUACAGCAAGCGCGUCUCUGUUUUUAACAUUUCAAUGUCUUAUGGGGGGGGGGGGGGGAAUCCAGGUAGCAUGUUUGAAAAUGGUGCUGGAAGCAGCAUAAGGCAAAGUGGGCAUUAGUACAGACUGCAAUGAGUAACUAGAAAAGCAAGAAGGGGAAUUCCCAAAAGCAGAACUUUGUUAGGCUUGUGCACCAUUUCCUUUUGGGGACUGAAUGCAAGGUGUAGCCUGGAGGCUUCCAGUUCAAUUGCUGUCGAGUAAACCUAAAAUGGUUACCUGCAUUAAGCUAUCUUGGCCUCUCCAGCCCUCCAACAAAGGGGAGAAUACAAGAAUCCUUCACAGCGCCGUUGUAAGGAGCAACUGAGAAUGUAUUCCAAGUGCUUUGCACACUCGGAAGUGCUCAAUGUAUAUUUCAGCAAAUGCUUAAGUUAUGAUAGGCUUCCUUCCCAAUGUGUAGGUUUCCUCUCUUGUGUGUGUACAGCUGAACAUUUUAAUUUUAAAAGGGUAUACCUUUCC